AUGGGAACCGAUACUUUGAAUGGUUGGGUGGUUUCUUUACCGGAUUAUAUGGAGUUUCUUCGAUACAAAGCAUGUAAGCAGACAUCUUCUGAGAUAGCUUCUGUUAUUCAAACAUGUAAUAGCGUGACUUGUGUCCAAUCUUCAUCCUCUGAGUCUUGGGUCAUUGAUUCAGGUGCAUCUGAUCCCAUUUCGGAUAUUUCUGAGGUGCUACCGUUUCCAUCUUUUGGAGAUUCAAUCACUAUCUCUCAUUCAUCUUCCUCUACAACUCCAACUUCACCACCUACAUCUCCAACUCCAGCUCCACCACCUAUAGCUCCAAGCUCACCACCUAGACCAACUCAACCUUCUACAGCUCCACCACUCCUGACUUAUCAUCGUCGUCCGCGCCCAUCAACAGGCCCAGCUGAUUCACGUCAUGCACCUGACCUUGCUAAUACUGCAGACUUAUCUCCUCUUAGUCAAUCGAUUGCACUACGGAAAGGUAUACGGUCCACACUUAAUCCUAAUCCCCAUAAUGUCGGUUUAAGUUACCACCGUCUGACAUCACCCCAUUAUGCAUUUGCAUCAUCUUUGUCCUCCGUUUCCACCCCUACCUCUACAUGUGAAGCACUUUCUCAUCCAGGAUGGUGA